AUGGCCCUCCAUCAUGCCUCCCGCGAAACUGACGAAGAAGAAGCCGUGCCAGCUUCUCAAUGCCGAUUCUGCGCCGUUAGACCGCUAGACCGACUGCGAAGUGUUUUACCUGCUCCCUUCGCCAAUUCUGCAGCCUCUAAUCCCCGCCCUGUUCCCACGACUACUCUCGAGCGCCGCCAGGCAUCUGUCCGCGCUGCGUCCCUCGACCAGGAUGGACACCUUGCCGAGAAAGUCGCGGCAGUGAUAAACCCCGCGGAGGAGAUGGCAAGCGAUCAAACAGUCUUUUACCUGGCCUAUGGGUCCAACUUGGGCACCAAGACCUUCCGCCAAAGGCGCGGCAUCGAGCCGCUUUCACAGAUCAGUGUCUUCGUGCCAGACCUCCGAUUGACCUUCGAUCUCCCAUGGUUACCAUAUGUGGAACCGUGUUUCGCAACUACUCAGUUCCGCAAUUCAUAUUCAGAGGGUGCUGAAGGCAUUGAGCUCGAAGAUGAUGUGACGGACUCGGACGAGGACUGCUUGUCAGAGAAGGCGUCGCUGUUGAUGGCCGAGACGCGGGGGACACGGGGCGCCGAUUACCACAAGCGCCGGUGGCACAAGCCGCUGAUCGCAGUCGUGUAUGAGGUUACGCUGGCCGACUACGCAAAGAUCAUUGCGAGCGAAGGCGGCGGCCGUGGAUAUAGCGACGUGGUCGUCGACUGCUAUCCCUUCCCCGAAUCCUACCAGCCCACCGACCCGGUCCCGGAUCAUCCCAACACCCCUCCUUUCAAGGCACACACUCUCAUCUCGCCUGCGACGCGUAAUGCUGGGCAGCUCGGCUUACCCACAAAGGGUUUUCUGGCGCACACAAUACCCUCUCAAGCAACGAACAACAUGCAUCUCCGACCUGACCCCGAUUAUGCUCAACCCUCGGCUCGCUAUCUCAACCUGAUCUCCACUGGUGCCGCUGAACACAACCUGCCACUGUCUUACCGGGAAUAUCUCGCUCAGAUCCGGCCAUACCGGGUGACAACCAGGGGCCAGCGGGUCGGUAGGGCAUUAUCUAUCGCUGUGUGGGCGCCUCUACUCAUCGUUAUCCUCGUGUUGUCGAAGAUGUUCGCAGGUCCCGACGGUCGCAGUCCGCAGUGGCUUGUGGUCCUUGGAGAUUUCUUGCUCAUCGCGGUGUGGAAACUCUAUGACUUGUUCUUUGUCAAGGUGUUCGGGGAUGGCGAGCGGACAAUCUAUGAUACCCCGGCUCGGUAG